UCCGUGACUUAGACAGGUUCGGGGAGGGUCUGACCUACUCGUUGGGGUAAACAGUGCUGGGGGCUGUGGUCUGGCGGUCGCUAUGAGCUGCACCAUCGAGAAAAUCCUAACAGAUGCUAAGACGCUGCUGGAGAGGCUGCGGGAGCACGAUGCGGCCGCCGAGUCGCUGGUGGAUCAGUCCGCGGCGCUGCACCGGCGGGUGGCAGCUAUGCGGGAGGCGGGGACAGCGCUUCCGGAACAGUAUCAAGAGGAUGCAUCGGAUAUAAAGGACAUGUCCAAAUACAAACCUCACAUUCUGCUGUCCCAAGAGAAUACACAGAUUAGAGACUUACAGCAGGAAAACAGAGAGCUAUGGAUUUCCUUGGAGGAACACCAGGAUGCUUUGGAACUCAUCAUGAGCAAAUACCGGAAACAGAUGUUACAAUUAAUGGUUGCUAAAAAAGCAGUGGACGCUGAACCAGUCCUGAAAGCUCACCAAUCUCACUCUGCAGAAAUUGAGAGUCAGAUUGACAGAAUCUGUGAAAUGGGAGAAGUGAUGAGGAAAGCAGUUCAGGUGGAUGAUGACCAGUUUUGUAAGGUUCAGGAAAAACUAGCCCAGUUAGAGCUUGAAAACAAGGAGCUUCGAGAAUUAUUGUCUAUCAGCAGUGAGUCGCUCCAGGUCAGAAAGGAAGACUCAAUGGAUACUGCUUCUCAGGCCAUCAAAUAACAUCAGCUGCUGAGUGACAGCUAGAGGUUUUUUAUUAAGGAAGGACAUUAUCUAUUUGAGCCUGGUCCUUUCAGUGUCUUUCCUUGGACUCCAUUUAGUGUUGUUGAUUAAAGAAAUCAGGUGACAGUUUAGAAUUGGCAGUCAAAGUUGGCCGUCCACAAAACAGUUUUUUUGGGGUGUGUUAGUGAAAAUACGCACUGAAUUUCACCAUUCCCUUCUCUACGAGACAAUGUUUAAUUUUCAUUUCUGGGACCUUGAUUUCUAUAAACUGAGCUUCUAGUUCAUUUUUGGUUUUUCACAUCUCUGAAUCUUUGAGCAUCGUAUUAUAAGGCAGUGAUUUGAUUUUACAUAGGAUUGUAAAUCACAGUUACGAAAAAAAUUAAAGAGAUUAGCUUCUUAAAUUUAUUUGGCAUAAACCUGGAUUAUUUUCCAUUUGAGAAAAACAAAAUUCUACAGAACUAGAUUGGCAAAUUCUCUGAUUUGUAAUGUCAUUCACCUUCUGUGAAAUUGUAAGUCUCUCUGGUGCUAAGAGUUUGUACUUUGUGACCUGUGACUUUACUCUUAAUUUGAGAGUGCUAGUCUCCAGGAAACACUUGAAAAUAAGUCAGCUGACCCUGGCCGGUGUGGCUCAGUUGGUGGGAGCGUUGUCCCAUAACCCAAAUGUUGUGGGUUCAGUUCCCUGUCCAGAUGCAUACAGGAGGCAACCAAUCAAUGCUUCUCUCUUACAUAGAUAUUUCUCUCCUUCUCUCUCUAAAAGCAAUGAAAAAAUGUCCUCAGGUGAAGAUGAAAAAAAUAGAAGCUGUUUUUUUUUUCCAGUAGUAGGGUAGUCGUAUGUUCAAAGAAUGCUGAGAAAUUUGUCCUGGGGUAUGUGGACAUGCACAUGCACACUUAGUUCAAAUGCUAAAAGCUUUUAUUUGUUCUCUUAGAUAUUCGUAGUCAAUUUUUCAAUUUUUUCCUACUAGGAAAUCUUAAACUUAGGUGGUUUACCUACUGUGAAGAGCAUAUAGUAGGUUUAUUCACCUCUUCAUUCUCAGGUACUACAUUCUACUGUUUAAUUUAGAUAUAACUUCUGUUUAUAAUUAAGAACCAUCCCUUACUUGGAAAUCUUUCAUUACAAAUACCAAUAGUUGGCUUUCGUUUUACAUUCAUUUUUCACAAGGAAGCGGAGUUCUAUCACUUAAUGAGAGAACUAUCCCAUUCACAGUGCCGGGUAGACAACCAAGCAGUGUUGAGAUUCAAGUGCUGAGUAGUCAGCCAGGCUCACUCAUCAACUCAUUCCCCCAUCUCAGUUUACUCACAUUACUUCAUGUUAUACUGUCAUUUUAGGUUUGUCCCCCCAAAACUGAAAUAAUGAAUGCCAAACCUGUCAAUAUUUUCUAAUAACAUUAGGCACCAUAGUGCAUGGGAGAGGCACAGUACUGAAGAGUUCUGUGUUAGUGUUUUGUGUGAUGUAAAAUUUCUUUUGUACCACCAUAAAAAAUUAGUGCCCGCUAAAACAACAAGAUCUCUCCAAGAUAUCCUAAAAGCAUCUGAUCCCGUUAGUAAUACUAAUGGAUUUUGCUUUCAGUGGUCAACUUUAAUGAAUGUGUAUGUUCUUUUAGAAUUUAUCAAGUUUCUAUUCAAAGUCCUGCAUAGAAUUGGAAAAAAAAAAAAAAAAACAUGUCUAUCCAAGUGUGGGCACCUUUAAUUCACUUCCCAAGAGGUGAGGAAACUUUUAGCCCAACCAUUUGCCUUGAAGUAUUCGCCCUAAGUCCCACCCCAUGUCCUACAAUUCCAAUUCAGAAGGUAAGUCCCCUGUGCCAUUUGUCAGCUGCCAUGGCCACUUUUCAGUGAAAGUGGUUGUCAGAUGGCCCAUUGAAAUGAAACAUGGUGUUCCUUUUAUUUGUCUUAGGUUCUUUAUGUCUCAGGGUAGAUCUGUAUGCCCACUUUUCCCCUAGCAAGUCAAACGCUUUAAGUAUGAGUGAGUCUAACUCUCAGCACUACACAUGAUAUAAAUUCUGGCUGGUGUUAAUGCUUUGAAGAUAAUGUGUCAUUAAAAUGCAAAGUGAAAGAA